AUGGUUCGCCCUUCGAUUUGGGGCUGCAUCGGGCUGUUGGCGCAGGUAGCGAGCGGGGAUUUCGUGUCAACAGACUACCAGCAAUACAACAAGGGAGCGCUGGGCCAUCGCCCUCAUCUGGAGUAUCACUCCAGCACCGAGUUCUCACCCCUCCUGCAAGUCAACGUCUGGGACGCCGACAACAUCUCCGAUACGGGUUCGCAUAUCUUCCUCCGUCAUGAUGGCAACGACUCCUCGCCGCUCUCCUCGCCUCUGAUCCUCGACAGUCACGACCUCAGCGCGGUGUACAUGAACCGCUCAUUCAAGAACGUUUUUGGCACCCGAGUCCAGGAGAAUCGGGGCAAAAAGUACCUGACCUUUUGGGGAGGGGACAAAGGCGACGGCAUCGGCGACGGCUACGGACUCGCGUAUGAUGAGACCUACCGGCUGGCGUACAAAAUCUCCGCCCAGAAUAUUCAGGUGCAUAGCGACCUGCACGAGUUUGCCUUCACCGGCAACGGAACGGCUUUAGUCACGGGGGUCGACAAGAUCCGGCCAUGGCGGUCGGAGUUGCCAGCGGAAUGGAGAACUCCUGAACGAUUCGAGGUGCUCAACGCCGUCUUCCAGGAAAUUGACCUCGAGACCAACGACGUGCUGUUCGAUUGGCGCGCACUCGACCACAUCAACCCGAUGGAAUCAUUCGAGCCCAGGGGGAGCGGGUGGGACGCAUACCAUCUCAAUAGUAUUCAGAAGACCAAAGCGGGCAAUUAUCUGAUCUCCAUCCGCCACAUGCACGCCAUCUAUCUCAUUGACGGUAAGACAGGCGCCAUUAUCUGGACGCUCGGCGGCCCGCACAACGACUUUGUUGAACUGCCAGCAGCGGAAGGAGUCGAUGCGUCUGCUCAACCUAUCUUGACAAUGGGCUGGCAGCACCACGCCCGCUAUGUCCCCGGAACGGAGGAAUCUCAAAUGACCUUCUUCGACAACCACGUCAAGGUCACCUCGCAUGGGCAGUGCGACUCGGACUGCUCGCGGGGUCUGCACAUCGCCAUCAACGACACCGCCUCACCCCCGACCGUGCGGCUGCUGGCGGAGUUUCAACAUCCAUCGCAGCUGCAAGCCCAAAGCCAGGGCAGCGUGCAGCCUCUAUCCCCGGGCACGGACGACCUUGGCAAUGUGUUCAUCGGGUGGGGCCGAUGCCCGUCGUUCACAGAACACAGCUCCUCCGGGGAGACGGUACUGGACGUCCAAUUCUCCCCCUGGCACAGCGACGACAUUCCCGACGCGCUCGACAAUUACCGUGCGUACAAGAUGGACUGGUCCGCCACGCCGUGGUGGGAUCCGCAGAUUGCACCGCGGAUGAACGCCCAAGGUGAGCUUGUCGUCUACGCUAGCUGGAACGGCGCGACCGAAGUCAAGACGUGGGUUGUCAGGGGCGCGUCAGACGAUCUGCCCGACCAGAAGGGCCAGAUCCUGGCUGUCUCGCGACGGACGGGGUUCGAGACCAAGUUGGUCGUUGGGAGCACGGACUGGCAGUACAUCUGGGCGGAGGCGGUCGAUAACCUGGGGAACGUCCUUGGAUGGUCGGAGGCCGUGGACUUGAAUACGGCGGAGUUGUCUGUUGCUGAGGAUCUGUACGACGUGUCGGAGACGAUCUUUCCGCCUCCCCGGCUGGAGGAGGAGACGGAGGAAUCUGCUGGUGGUGUGUCGAAACUGGUCGUGGCUUUGCUCAGCACAGGCUUGGGGGUGUUUGUCUUGGGGGUCAUCGCGGGGGUGGCGAUCUGGUGGUACCGAUGCAGGAAAUACACGAGUCUGGAAGCAGGUGACUUUGACCUGGAUGUGGAGUCAGAACAUGAGUACAUUAAUAGUCAGGUGGACGCGGAGGACAGCGAUGCCGACAGGGAAGACACGGACCCUCAGUCACCGGUUGACGAAGAUAGUCGUGCACUCCUGCCCAAGACGGGCUGA